CUUAGAAGUGCGAACCCUUUCGUUCCAUUCAGAAAUCAAGCUCCAAGAUUUCGAAACGUGAAACGAGAGAGAGAGAGAGAGAGAGAGAGCGAUGGCAACUCUGGACUCCGACGUACCAAUGGUUCCGGCCGGCGAGCCUUCCAGCAGCGCGGGUCCUUCCUCCAAGAAGCCCAAGCGCUUCGAGAUCAAGAAAUGGAACGCUGUUGCUCUCUGGGCUUGGGAUAUAGUUGUUGAUAACUGCGCUAUUUGCCGGAACCAUAUCAUGGAUCUCUGCAUUGAGUGCCAGGCUAAUCAGGCUAGCGCCACUAGCGAGGAAUGCACUGUAGCGUGGGGAGUUUGCAACCAUGCUUUUCACUUCCAUUGCAUAAGCAGAUGGCUCAAGACCCGUCAAGUUUGCCCUCUAGAUAAUAGCGAGUGGGAGUUUCAGAAAUAUGGCCACUAGAACUUUGGCGCCGCCGAGCUACUCGCUGCUUUCCACGAGCGAGAUUAUGGUUGUUGAUCCUUCUAAGGAAACAUUUAUAGCCCUGUCUGGCUAUUAUAUUUGCCUUGCUAUUAUCUUUUGGAAGAAAACUUAUCCAGUAGAAUUUGAUCCACACAGACAGAGUAACAUGUAAAGUUUCACUUUAAUAUUGAGCAAUGUGUUCCAUGAUCAUUUGCUCAUCUUGGCUGUGUUUCCUGUUUGUAUUUUGCAAUCUACAAUAGAAUCUGUUGCCUUGCUAA